CUAGACUAUUCCAUUAUUCCUCCUCUACCUCUUCCAUCUCCCUCUGCAUAUUCAUUCAUAUUUGUGUGUGUAUAUAUACUACCUACCUCAGCUCAGUAGCUCACAAAAACGUACCACCAACUCCGAUCCAUAAAUCAAUCUCUAGUAUAAAAAAAGGUAAUUAAGGAAAUGGGGAGGGGGAGGAUUGAGAUAAAGAGGAUAGAGAACUCAAGUAACAGGCAUGUGACUUUCUCCAAGAGGAGAAAUGGGAUGCUCAAGAAAGCUAAGGAAAUCAGCGUUCUUUGCGACGCUCGUGUUUCCGUCGUCAUCUUCGGCAGCUCUGGCAAGAUGCAUGAGUUCUCCAGCUCCCCGGUUGUUGAUAUUCUGGAUCAAUACCACAAACUCACUGGAAAAAGACUGUGGGAUGCAAAGCAUGAGGAUUUGGAGAACGAAAUCAAUAGAGUCAAGAAAGAGAAUGACAACAUGCAAGUUGAGCUAAGGCACCUGAAGGGAGAAGAUAUCUCAUCCCUGAGCUACAGAGAGCUUAUGUUUUUGGAGGAUUCCCUUCAGAAUGGGCAAAGGAUCAUCUCUGAUAAACAGAUGGAGGUUUGGAGGAACAUUACAAAACGGAUUCAAGGCGCCGGAGAGGAGAAUGAACAACUCAGAUACCGGAUGAGAGAACUGGAGAUAGCAGAGAUGAACCGGAACUUGGGAGAUCAGUUUGGGGAAGUUUUCAACCACAGAGAAAACAAUAGUAAUAAUGCGGCGGCAGAGUACAAGUCUGAGAUGCCUUUCACCUUCAGCGUCCAACCAAUGCAGCCUAAUCUGCAAGACAGAUAAUAAAUCAAUCAAUACAUAAUAAUAAUUUGCAAGACGCAUGGCAGUGCGUGUGAUUAUUUGUGCUUAAUUAAUUGUGAUGUUUUCCUUAAUUGCGCUUUGUGUCAGUGUUUUUCUUUUAUUAGUAAUUAUUAUUAUUAUUAAUAAUAAUUGUAAGGUUAGAAUUGAAGACCUGUUGAUCGAUUAGGACGAUGUUUCGUUUAUGCAUGCGUGUCGUUUGUCUCUUUGUAUUAUUAUUCAUUAAUUAUAUUAUUGUUUACCUAUGUUUAAGAUCUUUGUAUUAUUAUUCAUUAAUUAUAUUAUUGUUUACCUAUGUUUAAGAAAGAAUGACACAAAUUUUACAUCUUA